GGAGUAGAGCAGGAAUCGGAGCCGGUAGCUGCGCGAGUUCAUAUCCUCACUACGACAGCCUGAAUUACAGCGGGUUUUCUUUGGUUUCCUGGAUACUUUCAGGGAAAGUGUGCUGUACAUUUUGUGAGGAUGGAUUACUCAAAUCAGAGUGGGUUCAGACAGCGUAAGUUACAACCGAAGGUCAGGAUGAGGGGCGCCGCCGUGGACUCCAGUGAACCCAGUCAGCUCUUUGAUGACACCAGUGCUGGGCACAAUGCUGGACCCAGUGGUGUGGAUAAAGGACCAAUGGCCCAUGCAGGACAGAGCCUCCUUUCAGACCCAAUGUCCAACCUCGCAAUGGCCUAUGGGAGUAGUCUUGCCAGCCAGGGCAAGGAAAUGAUGGACAAGAAUCUUGACCGCUUUAUCCCCAUCUCCAAACUGAAGUAUUAUUUUGCUGUGGACACGGUUUACGUUGGCAAGAAGCUUGGACUGCUUGUAUUCCCUUAUAUGCACGAGAACUGGGAGGUGAGUUACCAGCAGGACACUCCAGUAGCUCCACGCUUUGAUGUCAAUGCUCCGGACCUGUACAUUCCCGCUAUGGCUUUUAUCACUUACAUCCUGGUGGCAGGAUUGGCCUUGGGGACACAGAACCGGUUUUCUCCAGAGAUCUUAGGCAUGCAGGCUAGUUCAGCCCUGGUGUGGCUCAUUAUUGAAGUGCUUGCUGUUCUUCUGAGUCUUUACCUGGUCACAGUAAACACAGACCUCACCACCAUUGACCUGGUGGCCUUUUCUGGAUAUAAAUAUGUUGGGAUGAUAGUAGGAGUGCUGGCAGGGCUUCUGUUUGGAAAGAUGGGAUAUUACCUCACACUGCUCUGGUGCUGUGCGUCUAUCUUCGUCUUUAUGAUCCGAACGCUGAGGUUAAAGAUUCUGUCCGAGGCGGCUGCAGAGGGGGUUCUGGUCCGAGGAGCGAAGAAUCAACUGCGCAUGUACCUGACAAUGGCCAUCGCUGCUGCACAGCCUGUGUUCAUGUACUGGCUAACCUUCCACCUGGUUAGAUAAGAGUCGGAGCGCCCAUGUUAAAGCUACCACUACAGUGACAACUCAGACACUCUCCGUCCUACUUGAAAGAGAGAAAAGAUUUUUUGCACAGAUGCAAUUAAAAAAAAAUAAAGAAAACAAAUGGACAAGCAUUGCAAAGUCUCACAGCACAACAGUAAGUGUCAUUGUCCAGCUGUCUUUUGUAUGGCGAGCCUUGUUUACUUUUUAUGUACAUUUCUAGGAGCGACUGUUGGCUUUUUGUGUUUUUUGUAUAAUGUACAGUGCAUUUGUUUGAUUUCUAUUUUAAAACUAUGUGAACACGUGUAAUAAUGUAUAAAAUGUGACUUGGACGAGUCUGUUGUAUCUCUGAAGCUUUAUUUGAGCCAGUCUGCACGGUUUAACACUGAGUCCUGUUUAUGUUUGACACAAAACGCCAGCCAUAUCUUUGUUUCUGGCUCUAGAUUGUGUGUGUGUGUGUGUGUGUGUACGUUUCUCUGCGACUGAUUUUAAAUGAGUCAAAUGCUUCUGUUUUGUAACCACUCUGACAAAUGCUUUAUAGAAUGAAGAACAAUUCAUGACUGAGCUUUUGCAAUUAAAGUGUAAAAAC